AUGUCACCACUCGGAUUCUUACGUCCUGGCUUUUUCUUUUACGUGGAUCUUUUCGGUACGCGCUCGCAGCGCUUCCCGUGGCAUCGACUCGGGGCGGUCCACGGCGAAAGAGCGAGAGAACCGAUCCGUUCCCGCGCGGAGAAAGCGAUCGGGCUCGAACGCGAACGCGGCGAGAUCGUCCGGACGAGACCGAAGGGUCCGAGCCCGAAGGGUCGAGCGUCGGAGACGGGGUGCGAGGAGGCAAGUCGCGGCGAAAGCCGAUGGAAAUUCGCGAAGACGCCGCUCGAAGGAGACUCGAGGCUCGCGAACCCCUCGCCCCUUGCCCUUCGCCCCUUGCCCUUCGCCCCUUGCCCUUCGCCCCUUGCCCUUCGCCCCUUGCCCCUUGCCUCUUGCCCCUCGCCCCUCACCCACGAGACGAAGCGGGUCGAACGGAUCCGGAACGGACUGCGUACGAUGCCUUUCGUACCCGGACCGAAGAGACGGCGAUCCCCGCGAAAAGGGACGAUCGACGGCAGACGUAGAACCGAUGCGAAGCGUUCCGCGAUCUGCCUCCGAGCGAUGCAAAGACUCUCGUUCGAGUCGCAUCGUUUUGCUCUAAAGCGAGCGGAGUGCUGCAAUUUUCCACCCGAGAUCGACUUCACGGUUCGCAUCGCCGUCGCUCGAUCUCCCCGAUGUCUCGUCUCGAGAGUCGAAACGUCGUCGUCGUCGGUGACGAAACUUCGCGACGAAAAGAGCACGAUUCACGCGGCUCGCGCUGCAGGCGCGCUCGAUCGGUUCUUCCGCCCGCAGGCCAUUCGUGUCCCGAGAGAGAUGAGAGGGGAAGCGAUCUGUCUGCUCUUCUUCCUUCCGUCGCCGUUCGCCGCGACGGACGGAGACCAUCAUUUCUACUCUUCUCACGUGGAUCUGGCGCACCUGACGGUGUCGCUGUCGCGGGUGGAGGAAGCGUUGGCGGAUCACGCGACGCGCACGGAGGCGGAGAUCCGGAACGAGGAAUCCGGACUCCGAAGCCUGAACCGGUUGUUGGAGUCGACGGAGACGAGGGAGAAGGACGCGGGGAGUCACGUGGGGAAUCCGAUCAACGCCUACCUCCUCGUGAGAUCCCUCACGAGAGACCUGAAGAGGGCGACGGACCUCGCCGAGGGCAUCGGUGAGUCGGGGGAAGCCGGAGGGAGACGAAGACGCGAG